CAAUGUGAAUUCUCUCUCACCCUCAUGUACGGAAAAGCAAAGGGCUGACGACAACUACUUUCUCAGCUGUGUGCGGUCUACAGACUGUUAAAGGGACAGCUGACUGGCUGCUUACUAUAGGGCUAUGAACACUGCUAAACAAGACUUCAGUUUGUUGGGGAUCAGUGGUCAGGAAAAUGCAUGUCGCAGUAAUAGGAGCUGGAGUGAUUGGCCUCUCCACAGCACUAUGUAUUCAUGAUCAGUACCACCGCACAGUGCACCCUCUAAAGAUUGAGAUCUAUGCAGACAAGUUUACUCCGCUCACCACAAGUGAUGGAGCAGCCGGGCUAUGGCAGCCAUAUCUAUAUGACCAUGGGAACAAGCAAGAAACCCGAUGGAACAAGGAAACCUUUGAUUAUCUGCUAAGGUUUGUACAUUCUGAAGAAGCCCAAAGCAUGGGGUUAUUUCUGCAGUCUGGAUACAAUCUGCUCAAGGAACCUGCACCGGAGCCUUCAUGGAAAGAUGAUGUUCUAGGAUUUCGUCAUCUAACGCCAAGAGAGCUGGAAUUAUUUCCUGGGUAUAGUUAUGGCUGGUUUAACACCGCAUUGAUGAUCGAGGGAAAAAACUACUUACCUUGGCUAACCCAAAAACUACAGGAGAGAGGAGCCAAGUUUAUUCAGAAGAAGAUUGAAAGUUUUGCAGAGCUUGCUGCUCAAGGGGCAGAUGUCGUCAUUAACUGCACAGGAAUGCGUUCAGGGCAGCUGCAGCCUGAUCCAGAUUUAAAACCAGGCAGAGGGCAGAUUUUGAAGGUUCUUGCUCCAUGGAUGAAACACUUCAUUGUGACUCACGAUCUAAAGACAGGAGUAUAUACCACGCCAUACAUCAUUCCUGGGUCUCAGAUGGUCACCCUGGGUGGAAUUUACCAGCUAGGGAACUGGAAUGAAGAAGAGGUGUCCCAAGAUCAUAAAUGGAUUUGGGAAAACUGCUGUGAGCUGGUUCCUAGUCUUAAGAAUGCAAAGAUUGUGCAUGACUGGACGGGACUGAGACCAACACGAAGUAAAGUGAGGCUGGAGAGAGAGCCCUUUGUCUCAGGACCUGUUAAGAGUGAUCUCAUACAUAAUUAUGGCCAUGGCGGAUACGGUCUAACCAUCCACUGGGGGUGCGCAUUGGAGGCGGCCAGGUUAUUUGGGCAAAUUGUGGAAGAAAAGAAAUCCAGAUUCCCCAAGUCUUCGCUGUGAAACUUCUUGAUCUUGCAUUGCAUUCACUGAAAUGUUAC